AUGUGUUUUGAUAUCAUUUCAGAUAACGAGGAUGAAGUGGAGAAAGUCUGUAAUUUUCAGGAUAUUGACCAACACCUGAAUCUGUCCUAUGACAAAUCUAAGUACACUAUGAGCCGGCCCAUUAUAAACAACAAUAAUCAUACAUUAGUGUUUCUUACAGUAAAACUCUAUGCCAUCUUGGAUAUGAGAGAAAUUGACCAGACCUUAAUUACUUACAUUUGGGUUGAUUUGAAUUGGCACAAUGAGUUCAUUGAAUGGAAUCCAGAUGAUUUCUGUGGAAUUACAUAUAUAACAAUUCCUACUUCAUUACUGUGGAUGCCAGAUAUAACUAUUGAAGAGAUGACAGAAAAAGAUAAAGCCUCUCCGAGUCCAUAUCUCAGCAUUGGCUCAAAUGGCUGGGUUCGGUUCAGGAAUGACCAGGUGGUGCUAAGCACCUGCAAGAUGCAUGUUUACAAAUUUCCUUUCGACACCCAGAGCUGCAACCUCUCCUUCAGGUCUAUCAUGCACGAUGAUCAUGACAUUCGGCUGCAGCCAAGUGACAACUCUACAGAAGCGACAGAGUGGUCUCCUGAUUUGAUGCGGAAACAAUAUGAGUGGCUGUUCAUAAACAUGACAGUCACUGCCAACAAUGCCAGUGAUUUAGUUGGCCAAGACAUCAUUAUUUACACUAAUACCAUGAAGAGGAGGUCUGUCCUCUACAUUGCCAAUUUCAUCCUGCCAGUGCUCUUCUUCUUGCUUCUGGACUUAUCCUCCUUCCUGAUCUCAGACACUGGGGGUGAGAAACUCGGCUUCAAGGUCACUAUCUUGCUUGCUGUCACAGUGAUGCAGCUUCUUCUCAAUGAGAUUCUGCCAAGCUCUUCAGACAGUAUUCCACUUAUAGCUGUCUACUGCAUUGGAAUUUUUGCUCUGAUGCUGCUCAGCCUCCUGGAGGCAAUUUUGGUUAAGCAUCUGAUUGAAAAGGAUUCUGCAGUUGAAGAUGAGACAGAUGGAGACCGAAGCCUGGGGGAGAACUCUGGGAACAACCAGGGCAGCCACAACUUCUACAGCUGUUUUAGAGAGAUUAAGAGACGCAGUCACCAUGCCUCUGUUGAUGAGGUAUCCUCUCAUGAAACACCAUCUGUGUCUCUGUCCCGAAAGGGCAGCAGCAGUAAACUGACAGAGGUGUCCUUUGCUCUGGAAAAAGUGUCAGAUGAGCUGCAGGAGACAAGGAAAACGGUGACUUUGCUCAGCAGCAACAGGAAGUCUGGCUACUGGACCAGAAUGGCUAAAAAAAUCAACAAGGUUUUCAUAAUUUUUUAUUUGACUGCAGUCACUGUGUUCUUAGCAAUUAUGGUUUCAUUGUGGAACAGUGCUGAGGAUAAGUAGGGCUAAAGUUAAAAAACCUAAAAAAACAAAAGCAAAAAAGAAAACACACGAACUUAUUUCUUACUCUGUGUUAUAUAUUUGCAGUUAAUUUCUAUUUGUCCAAAACAAAAACAUUUUAGAAACCAGAAAAAAAUUCUGAAAUUGAACUCUAGAGUGUUAGUAGUGUUGUGAUCAGUGUCAGGUCAUAAUCAAAAAAGUAAUGUAUUACACAUAUUACCCAGAACACUUUUCUUAAAAGUAAUG